UUGCAUAAGGUUACCAAAGGCAACGGUGACAAUGGAGGCUGCGUUAACCCGUGCCCCGUGGUCCAAACACCGCCGGUAACGCUGCGCCCCGCUCGCUGAGAUGCAGCGGAUCACCAGCCUCACUGCAUGCCGGGAGCUCGGCGGCCUCGCGGUGCUCACACCCGGGGUGUGCGCCUGGAAGAGGGGCACGACCUGCAGCAAACAGCCGGCCGCGCACCGGCGAUAUGCGGCAGUGUGUGUGCGUCCUGUCACCGGGGUGUCCGGAGCAGGAGGCCGGGGAGUGUGCAGGAGGAGGUGCGUGUUCGUCAGUCAGAAACACCGAGAGUUCAGCUCGCAGCCCGGAGCCGACGGGCCGCCGGGGAGCUCCGGCGGUCAGCCCGCUGUCUCAGUGAUCGGCAUCCCGGACCCGAUCACAUGGAUCCGGUGCAAAGUCGUCACGUAUCUCAUCAAUCUGUACUUUGAGUUAGACCUGACCUCAGCGGAGUUUGAGAGAGGAGUGAAGCAGGCUUUGGUCCACAUCUCCAGCAUGAUGUCCAGUGGCAGAUACCACACGUUAGUGGGGAUCGUGUCCAAUGAGAUGAUCGAUUAUGUUAAGACAAGGUGCAAGCCUCUCACCGAUGCCCAGAGACAGCAGCUCGCUGUCACACUGGAUGAUAUAAUAUUCAUGCUGCCGGAAGACGUAUCUGUCGUCUUUGAUAAACACGGUAGAAAGUUCUGCUUCGUCGUCAUGAGGUUUUGGCUCCUGUCAACAUAUGAAGGCCCCGAUGACCCCGAGGGCACAAAGAUCUUCAAAGUGGCCUCUAGUGAAGAUGGCAGCCCGCAGAAGAAAAUAGCGACAGCAGUCUAUGAAUUUCAGCGAGAGCUGACGAGAGGAGCCUCCCCUGACUGGACCGUCACGACUGUUUGGCACUGGCACUGGAAACUGGCUGAGUGAGGCCAUUUGUCAAUCAUCAUGACACAACAGGGGAGUAGUUAAGGCUGGAUUCACUUCACCAUAAAAGACUACUUUAAACGGGACAUCUGCAAGCAGCAGGUUGAAGGACCGUCUAUAAGAAUUACAUGAAACAGGAUCCAGAGCCAUACUACUGAAGCUUUGCAGAUAUUUGAAGACCUCAGGGCUAAAUGAACCCACGUCACUAUUUGAAGGUCAUUUUCCUCAGACCCUCUGAUGCUUUUAAAGCCCCCCUCCAGUGAUCUAGGAGGUAACAGUCCUGGACACACUGUAGAACCAUCUGAGUCCCUUGUGUCAGGUGUUUUUACAUAUAUACAGUAUUUGAAGAGUGAUGAGGUCACUGUAGGAGGACUUUGAAAGUGUUUUUUUCUAUAAAUAACAACCUCACUCCGGGUCUGUGUAUUAGCUUUUUUCUGAUCUUCCAACCACAUCACAUCAUUUGUCAUCAUGUGGCCUACAGUAGAGCAUGAAACUUUGGCUCCAUGACAACAAAUGCUUGCAAAUGGAUCACUGUCUUACUAUAGGUCACAAGGAUCACUGAGACAUCUCCAUGACAACAAAGAGAUACACUGAAAGUUGCAAAACAAAAACUUGAUGGACCCUUUCUUGUCAAACCACUCCUUCCAAAGUCAAGAAUUGAAUAUAUUGAGUUUGUUAAACUAAUGUGUUGUAUCAAUAAAUUGCUUCGAACAAAGCA